CAUUGUCUUAGCUCCAUGACUCCAGUUAAAUUCCUUCUUUGCUUCCAUCACUCCCUCCCUCUCUCCAUGGCUGAAGUAAGAGCCUUCGUCAUGUCGAUGAUGAUUCUUCUCGUCACUCUCGCGAGCUUUGCGGGAGCUGCCGAUCCGGAUCCACUCACCGAUUUUGCGUCGUCCACCGCAGAGAAUAACUUCCCGUAUCACUACCCCAAGCCGCAGCAGCAGCAAUCGCCGGACUCGUCCAAGUUCGUGGUUCGUGAUGUCUUUAAAAAUGGCGACGUCUCCAAUGGACCCGGCGGAGUUCGAGCAGGGCUCUCGACCAAGAUCUUCCCGGCUAUGGACUCCCAGGGACUCACUUAUGUCCACUUCAACAUGACUCCCUGCGGUGUUAAUUUGCCUCAUACGCAUCCACGAGCAACUGAGAUGCUUACCAUGGUGUCUGGAGGGCCGCUCCAAGUUGGUUUUGUAGACACUGAAGGGAAACCUCAUAUCAACGUGUUGCAUCCUGGAGAUGUUACGAUCUUCCCUCGAGGAAUGCUCCACUUCGAGGUCAAUGUCGGAACAGAACAAGCGUUUUACAUCUCGGCUUUGAACUCACAGAAUCCUGGAACACUGACGAGUGGAGGAGCGCUGUUUAAUGUCCCCGCGCGAGCAUUAGCAGCAGCUCUGAACCAGGAUCUUGCAUCUGUGUCGAAAAUCAAGGAUACGAUUUUCAAGUAUAGCUCGCAGCUGCAGAUGACUCCCCCGAACACUUGCGUUCCUGGAAAAGACGUCACAACUACGUUUUAGAAGUUGCCAAAGCUCUAAAUACACUACUAAAAACCUUGACUUGAUGGGCAUAUGUUCUUAGAGACUGUUCUUGUUGAUUGUUUUCCCUGAUCAACGAAGGACCCAUCUCGAUCAGAAGGAAAAUAAAAAACUGGCAAAACGUA